UAUUACGUUAAAUACUUUUUUAUUUUUAGAAUUUUUUAUUUUUUUACUUUCAAUAGUAAGUCUUCUGUUCUGCAUUUCGUCUAAUCCUCCUCAACAACUCACCAACUCUUUGGGAUAAUUUAGUGCUUCAUUUAAAGACUUUUUUGUUUAUAAUUUUCUACACCAACAUUCAUUUAUUUAUAAAGACCACAUCCUGAAACGGUUCCUUCUCUCAUCCUCGAUAUCACUCAAACUCUCUGCAACAUGGCAGCUAAAUCUCUGCUGCAUUCCUCUAUUUCACCAAAGCCGUCUUGUUUCUUCAACUCUCAAUCAAACUUGAUCAACUUUAGAACAUCCCAGUUGGGGUUUAAGCCAAGAAACCUCACAACAUCCGGGGGCGUCAAAUGGGGAGAAAAUAUGUCCUUUUCAACCAGCAGAGACGUAAUAACGAAAAAGAAGCAACAGAGAGGAGGUGUGGUGAGGUGUACGGCGGAGGGAAUCGAGAGGAGUUUAUUAAUCGGAGGAGGGAGAGGAGAAACGAAAGUUCUGGUGGCAGAAAGAUACAAGGUGGUGGCGUUACUUGCAUGUGUCAUGUGUUUGUGUAAUGCUGAUAGAGUUGUCAUGUCUGUGGCUAUCGUUCCUCUGGCCGCCAAAUAUGGCUGGUCCAGCUCUUUCCUCGGCAUCGUUCAGUCAUCCUUUUUAUGGGGAUACAUAUUCUCCUCUGUGGUAGGAGGAGCUUUGGUGGAUAAAUAUGGAGGAAAAAGAGUGCUGGCAUGUGGGGUGGUGUUGUGGUCUUUGUCCACACUCUUCACUCCAUGGGCUGCCAACCAUUCUACAGCCGCCCUCUUAGCUGUUCGCGCCUUCUUUGGACUGGCCGAAGGCGUGGCUCUGCCAGCCAUGAGCACCCUCGCAUCAAGGUGGUUUCCGAGUCAUGAACGAGCAAGUGCAGUUGGAAUCUCCAUGGCUGGAUUUCAUCUCGGCAAUGUUGUCGGUUUAGUUCUUACUCCUAUUAUGUUGGCAACAAUUGGGAUUACUGGUCCUUUCUUUCUCUUCUCAUCUCUUGGGGUGCUAUGGAUGACGACAUGGUCAUCUAUGGCCACCGAUGAUCCUCGAGAUAGCCCUUUUGUCAGCAAAUCAGAGCUGCGAUUAAUCCAAGCCGGAAAAACUGAUUCUAAAGGAAAGAAAGGAAAGCUUCCAUCUCUGCGACUCUUAUUAUCAAAAAUGCCAACCUGGGCAAUUAUUUUGGCUAAUGUUACUAACAAUUGGGGAUACUUUGUUCUUCUCACAUGGAUGCCUAUUUAUUUCAGAACUGUAUUCAACGUGAACUUGAAGCAAGCAGCUUGGUUCAGUGCCGUACCGUGGGGGACAAUGGCUGUUUGUGGCUAUAUUGCUGGUAAAGCAUCAGAUAACUUAAUCAAAGCAGGCUACCCUGUGACUUUAGUCCGAAAGGUUAUGCAGUCUAUCGGUUUCAUGGGACCUGGAGUGUCAUUGCUUUGCUUGAAUUUUGCCAAGACGCCUGCAGUUGCAGCUACACUUAUCACAGCUGCUCUGAGCUUCAGCUCUUUCAGCCAGGCAGGAUUUCUCCUAAAUAUGCAAGAAAUAGCCCCAGAUUCUGCAGGAUUUCUCCAUGGUAUUUCAAAUUCAGCAGGAACAUUAGCUGCAAUAGUCAGUACAAUCGGAACUGGUUACUUUGUUCAAUGGCUUGGAUCCUUUCAAGCAUUCCUCACUGUCACUGCCGGUCUUUACUUCGCCGCAACCAUUUUCUGGAACCUGUAUGCUACUGGUGAACGCGUCUUCUAAACUGAGAUGCCCAGAAAUUAGAUUGUAUCAUGAAGAAGUAACAGAAAAAAGAUUAAAACAAAAAAGCAAAAAAAGAGCAGUGAGCAUAAGUUCAUUUAAUUUAUUAAAAUUUUGGAUCACGUCUAAGGCAUGAAAUGGGUUUAGAUGGAGGAGAAAUUUCAUCAAUGUACAGUUUUAUUAUUCUUUGGUAACUUUGUGUAGCAGGCAAAAAAUGGAUCUCACAUAAUGUGAGAUUAUGCCAUUGUUUCUUAUUUUUCUUUCUCCAAGAAUCAGAUAAAGAAGAAAAUUAGGAAAUGGGAUAUUUUUGUAUUAAAUUUGUGAAACUAAAAUUACUAAUGUACUUAUAUAUUAUGAACUUUA